UGCAUUCCACAGAUGCCUCGGACGCUUAACCCGAUGAGCAGGUGUUUCUUUCCGUCGUUCUUAUUUAUUUCCCUUAGUGCGCUACGCCUCCUGGCUGGAAUAUCACAUGGGUGAAACCACCGUAAAAAUAUGCCCGUGUCUUCAGACAUUAUGGGCUCGAAUGUUUAAUAAAUCAGGAGACAAUGGAAGAAGUUCCAGUAAGUGUGAGGACAGUUUAGAUUCCAGGACCAUGGCUAACUCGGUGAAUAAUACGUCGCGUUACGCGGCGCACUCCUUCAAUGGAGCCCCUCAACCUAGCCUGAGCCCGGAGAGUGGCAUCUACCGGGCUCUUUGGUCUUUCGAAGCGCGGGCAGAGGAUGAGCUAUCUUUCAGUGAAGGUGAUCUAUUCAAAGUCAUCGAUUCCACGGGCGAGUGGUGGACUGCCCGAAGAAUUGACAGGAAUGGGUGCACACUGGCCACGGGCAUUGUGCCACAUAACUACCUAGCUAGUGGAGAGGCCGAUGACGCCCAGCCGUGGUUCUACGGGAAGAUGAGCCGCUUUGAAGCACUCAAUCAUCUGAUGUCGCACAAGAACAGUGAGGGCGCUUUCCUCAUUCGCCUCAGUGAAACUGGCAAUGUGGGCCACGUACUUUCAGUCAAGGUAGACAACUGCGCAAGGCACUUCAAGAUCUACCAAACGGAUGGGCAGUUCUACAUGGACCGCACCAGUAGCUUCCCCAGCCUGCAAGACCUGGUGGAGCAUUACAAGAGCCACCGACUGGCUUCAGUGGAACGUCUGGGCCAGGCCUGUGUGAGGAAAGAGCCCGAGCCCCUGGACCUGUCCCACACCACUGUGGACGAGUGGGAGCUGCCCAAGGAGGAGUUCACCCUGGAGGACAGACUGGGUACAGGCUUCUUCGCGGACGUCUUCCUGGGAAAGUGGAAGAACCGCAUCAACGUUGCCAUCAAGAUCCUAAAGAACAAUGAGUAUUUGAACCAGCGGGAGUUCUAUAGGGAAGUGCAGAUCCUGAAGAAGUUCAGACACAGACACCUCAUCUCCCUCUUCGCCAUCUGCACCUCCUCCGAGCCAUACUACAUCAUCACUGAGUACAUGGAGAAGGGCGAUCUGCUGGACUUCCUCAGAGGUAAAGAGGGGAUGGCGCUGGAUUGUGCGUGUCUCGUCGACAUGGCAGCUCAGGUGGCUGACGGGAUGUGCUACCUGGAGUCGCAGAACAGUAUCCACAGGGAUCUGGCAGCGCGCAACGUCCUGGUGGGAGAGAACAACAUCUGCAAAGUGGCUGACUUCGGCCUGGCUCGGAUCAUCAAGGAUCCCUUCUACUUGUCAGAUGAGAAGAAGAUCCCCUAUAAGUGGUGUGCCCCGGAGGCCAUCAGCCACGGGCGCUUUUCUAACAAGUCAGAUGUCUGGUCCUUUGGUAUCCUCCUCCAUGAGAUAAUGUCCUAUGGUGGAGUGCCCUAUCCAGGAUUCAACACCAAUGAAGUGUACGACCAAAUCAUUGAGGGUUAUCGGAUGCCAGCACCCACAAAAUGCCCAAAGUUCAUCUUUGACAUCAUGCUUUCUUGCUGGAGUGCCAAUCCAGAUGAUAGACCGAGUUUCAAAGACCUGAAGCCUGACCUUGAGAACGUCAACCGCUAUGAACUGGCAUGAGCACAUUUAUAAGACUUGGGAUGCUAUGUCCACUCAACACCACUAGAGGGCAACAAAGUUGCACGCUGGAAUAGGAAAGUUUGAAGCAUACGUCAAGGAAAAGCUUCAACAUUCCUGUGUGUUUGAAACCGAGUUCCACUGUAUGUGAUAUAGUAACAUAAAUCUGUGUUUUAUGUUACAGUCACAUAGGUUUGAGUUUCUCUUUCCUGGUGUACCAAAAAGAACAGUGAGGUGUGUUAUUAUAUUGAAAACUUGAGAGGCUUAUGCCAUUUGAUGGUGUACCAGUGUUUGCCUGUGCAAGCUGUUUCAGAUGCCUGAUAAGCAGUGAAAUAUGCCUCACAGUUAAAUCUUGCCAUAAAUAUCAAUGAAUAUCUGA